AUGGAGAUCAAACUUGAUGUGACAUUUCGAAUGAAGGUAGAUGCAAUUGAUGCAAUGAAAUCUAGUGUCACAUAUGGUGAUCGAGUGUUUGUUGUCGACUUGGAACAACAUAUGUGCACAUGCAAUGAAUUUCAACUAGAGGGAAUUCCAUGUGCACAUGCUAUUGCAACAAUUGAAAGCAAGUACUUGGACAAGUACAAAUUUUGCUCAAAUUGGUAUAAAAAUUCUGUUUUGAAAGAGACAUAUGCAGGAUCAAUUAAUCCUCUUCCAGAUAAAGUUGAUUGGAGUGUCCCUGAUGAAAUUAUAGGAGAUAGCAUGAAAGCUCCAAAAUUCAAAUCUAAAGACUAUAAAGAUGCAAUGUUAUACAUAUUUGUUGCGUUGUGGACUUGUGGAUAA